UGUUAUCCUCCCACAGUUCGCGUUUCCGGUAGAUGGCGGGUUUCUCAUUUUCUUUCUCUCUCUUAUCGGGCUUCCGUUUCCGCAUCUGGAUCUGCCUUGAUUCCUUCAAUGCCAUUCUUCUCGCUUUCUUUCAUUGAUUUUGCUUUCUCUUUCAGUAGUCAGUACAUUAUUACAUUAUUAUCCCUUUUAAUUCUUCCUGCAAUCUAUCGCCAUUCUCUCUCUCUCUGUUGUUUCCGCCCCCUUUUUUGUUCUCUCAUAUCGUUGUCAUUCGGGAUUCUUGCUAGACUUUCGGUCCUCCAGAUCUGUUUUACGUACACUCCUAGUUCACUCUAUCUUCUUUCCCUGGAAAUUUUGUUUUGUUUUAAGUUUACGAAACAGAGUUCUUGUGAAUCAUUCAGCUUACGGUCAUAAGUCAUAACGGUAUUCGAGUUUGUGGAUAAUGGUCACAGUUAAUCUGGGAAUUCUUCAUUAUGUAUUGGACCACGUUUACGGUGCAUUCAUGCAUCGAUCGAGGAUCACCACACCCUUCUUCUCCAAAGGAUGGGGUGGCACUAAACUUGACAUGCUAGAGAAUAUGAUUAAGCAGUUGUUCCCAGAAAUUGCUGGACAAAAUUGGCCUCCCGUUUUGAUUCAACCCAUCUGGAGGACGAUUUGGGAGACCAAGACGGCUUGUUUGAGAGAAGGGGUAUUCAGAACCCCUUGUGAUGAUCAACUCCUGAAUGCCUUGCCUCCUGAGAGCCAUAAUGCAAGGGUUGCGUUUCUGGUGCCCAAGAAUGUUCCCCCGGAGAAGAUGGCUUGCGUGGUUCAUCUUGCAGGAACUGGGGACCAUACAUUUGAACGGAGAUUGCGUCUUGGUGGACCUCUCAUGAAGGAAAAUAUUGCAACCAUGGUACUUGAGAGUCCAUUUUAUGGACGAAGACGCCCUAUGCUGCAGUGUGGUGCAAAACUUUUGUGUGUUAGUGACCUUUUGUUAUUAGGAAGAGCAACCAUUGAAGAGACCCGCAGCCUUUUACACUGGUUGGAUACCGAGGCAGGUUUUGGCAAGAUGGGUGUUUGUGGACUUAGUAUGGGAGGAGUACACGCAGCAAUGGUCGGAUCACUUCACCCUACACCUAUUGCAACUCUCCCUUUUUUAUCACCUCAUUCUGCUGUUGUGGCAUUCUGUGAGGGUAUUUUAAAGCAUGGCACUGCCUGGGAAGCACUGAGAGAGGAUCUUGCAGCUCAGAAGGCUGCAAUGACUCUCGAGGAGGUAAGAGAGAGGAUGCGAAAUGUUCUCUCUCUCACAGAUGUCACACGCUUUCCAAUUCCCAAAAAUCCCAAUGCUGUGAUCUUUGUUGCUGCUACAGAUGACGGAUACAUCCCAAAACACUCAGUGCUGGAACUAGAGAAAGCUUGGCCAGGUUGUGAGGUGAGGUGGGUCACUGGUGGUCACGUCUCAUCCUUCCUUCUCCACAAUGGCGAAUUCCGCAGGGCUAUUGUCGAUGGCCUAGAUAGAUUAUCCUGGAACAAGGACACUCCUUUGUGACUGCCAACUUACAAGGAGUGCUCAAUGCUUCGACUCUCUUGAUUCGUCACUGUAUCAUUUUAAUUUUCAAUUCAAAUUGUCAAAUGGCUAGCCGAUUUUAGGGUGUGCCCAUUCCUUUGAAAGAAAAUGGAUUGGUAAAAUGGCUUGUAAAUUAAAUGCCCUUUGACACCCGAAAAUUGUACAGGAAAACUGUAAUAACUCAACCCAAGUUUCUUUGAAGAAUUUAUAGACUCUCCUGGACAA